AUGGCCAAAGCAGAGUCACAAUCAUUUUCAAUCGACAGCGGGUCAGACCUCUUCAUCACAAAGCGCACGGCUUGUGAAGAGCUGAAGAGUGCCCCCGAUGCCAAAAGAGCCAAAAGCCUUCAUGAUGGGUUGAUAGAGUCGAAUGUUAAAACCACAGCUAUAGCUCGGGGAGUUCCUUUCCCAGAGAAGCCUGCAGUCUUGGAAGAACGAAAUGGCGAGAUCGAGUUCCGAGUUGUCAACAAUGAUGGCUCCAGAGAGAGUACGAUUAUCCUUACAGGUCUUAAAUGCCUAUUUCAAAGGCAACUUCCGGAAAUGCCUAAGGACUACAUCGCACGUCUCGUCUACGAUCGCACUCAUUUAUCAAUCGCUAUCGUCAAAAUGCCUCUAGAGGUCAUUGGCGGUAUAUCAUUUCGAGAAUUCCGAGACCGCAACUUCGCCGAAAUCGUUUUUUGCGCGGUCUCAACUGAUCAGCAAGAGAAAGGAUACGGAGCACAUCUUAUGGCCCAUUUAAAGGAUUAUGUCAGAGCUACUUCUCCAGUUAUGCAUUUUCUAACCUAUGCCGAUAACCUUGCCAUCGGGUAUUUUCAAAAGCAAGGUUUUACCAAAGAUAUCACUCUCAACAAGUCGAUCUGGAUGGGGUGUAUCAAGGAUUACGAAGGAGGAACAAUUAUGCAAUGCUCUAUGCUUGCCCGAAUACGGUAUCUCGAAAUUGGUCGAAUGCUUCUUAAGCAGAAAGAAUCCGUUCUAGCCAAAAUACGUACCUCGAGCAAAAGUCAUAUCAUUCAUCUCCCACCUCAGCAAUGGGCUAACGGCGUCGUGGUUCCAAUCGACCCACUCUCUAUCCCUGCCAUCCAGGAAACUGGUUGGUCUCCAGAAAUGGACGAGUUGGCACGAGAAUCAUACCACGGGUCCCGUUCCAGAGGACCUCAUUUCAACGAAUUCCGACGAUUUAUGAAUCAAAUCCAAAACCACAAACAAGCAUGGCCCUUCCUCAAUCCAGUCAACAAAGACGAAGUCCCUGGUUAUUACGAUGCCAUUGUAUCGCCGAUGGAUCUGUCGACUAUAGAAGGACGAUUGGAGCGUUACACUACUCCGAAAGAACUUGUCGACGAUCUCAAGUUGAUUUUCAGUAAUUGUCAGCAGUAUAAUGACUCUACAACUGUAUAUGCCAAGUGUGCAGUCAGGCUGGAGAAGUACAUGUGGAAGCUCAUCAAGGAGAUUCCAGAGUGGUCUGACUUGCUUGAAGAAUGA